AGCGUAAUUGUAGAUAUGAUUUCAUCGAACUCAUAUAGUAUAAGCCGUAGUGAAAUCAAGGCCUUUUCAGAUAGAUGGUCCUUAACGCCCAUGGCCCCGCGGUUUCUCAGGCAAUGUGCGGCAGUUUACUGUGAAGUGCGUUGAAGUAGCUGUUCUGCAACUUGAGUGAACGUUUCACGACCCCUUCUCAUAUCCCAGUAGGCACCCGGUGUGAGCAAAUAUUCAUGACUGAGGGAAAACUUUCUGAGACUUAAUUACCUGUUAGAAUCCGAAAAACAAACAUCAACAUGGUCCUGAUGCAGUCCCUUUCAGGGGUCACUUUCCUGGGGGUUUGGAAAGAUUUCAUAAUCACUUUCAAGGAGUCUCUUGGUUAUACCACUGGCUUCGCUCCGAACAAUGCUGGCUAUGUACGUUCAGGUCACGAAGUUACUAACUACCCACGAUGCUGUAAACAAAAGUAGAGAUAAUGAGCAAAUUGAUUAAUUAAACGUGAGAGCAACUCACCUCGAUACCCUUCAUCACAGAAUGAACCACUAAGUUCCCGACCAGGCACAACAUCUAAAUUUCAAAUACAGGCAAUGUCCGAAGGAUAAAUGGAAGCGUGUUUAUAUCAAUCCUGUUAAAUUUAUUGUUUCGUAGGCUUUUAGUGCAAAGAGGGCCUAAGUGUCCGACUCUGCCUGGCCCCGUGUUAAGUGGUUCAUACAUAUUUUCGUGUAAAAUUAGAGGCCGGUUAGGGCUGAAGUGUGCAGAAGACGAGAGAAGAACGUGAACGGUGACGGCCCCGGGGGAUGUAAAAGCCUCUUUUUCAUACGAGUGAAAAGUGUGCAGUGAUGUGGAAAAUUUUGGAAUGUCCAGUCUUGUGGAAAAACGUGCGGUGCUAAAAGAAGUAGUUUAGAGUGCUUUGGAAUGUAAAAGUUCCACUUGAGCGAAGCAAAAUCUCAACGGAAAUUUUUGCCGAACCGAAGAUUGUGCCCAAAUAUUUUCGAAACGCAGAGCAAGCGAAGGGGUGCGUGCGAAUAUGUGAAAGUGUAGGAGGAUAUUCUUCGAGAUUCUAAGGAUAACGUAUUGGGUAUCGUAAACCCGAAGGGUGAAAAUAGUAUAUGGCGAUCGGAUCAACAGAAAUUUUUACAUCGUCCUUCUGCCCACCUGUUAUCCCCAAAUUGCAUUAAGGAUCAUCUUCGGGACUGAAUAAAAACGCACCUCAUCAGCUUUACGCGAAAGAAAGUACCUUUCCGAAAGAAGUUUCAAAUUACAAAAGCCAGAAUCCUUCAAAACCCUUAUGAGACCUCGAGACAAAAGUGACAAGAAAAGGAAGCAAUAAAAAAUGGGCGAAAUAGCUCUGACCUAGAGAACAGGCUGCUCCUUAAAUCCUUCGAACGCCUAACAAGCUCCAGUAGAGCCAACAGCAAUGGUAAUAACGCACGACACACGGCAGCAAAGUAACAACUCGGCGUAACGACAAACAUCUUGACUGACAUUGAAAAAUUAAUUUGACAAUAUAAACGAUCGCCCCGAAUAAUUUAUUUUCCUUUCUUAAGGUUUAUCACUCCCAGGACAUUCACCCUGGCCAGAGCAAAUUUCUGGGAGCCACUGCUAUACAAACGCACGUAAAAGAAAGUGCAAGGAAUCUUUUCCCGCAAAGUACGUGGUGUAAGGUGUGUGAUAGACGCCUGAAAAAAGAGCAAGCUGAUGUGAGGAUAGCCUGUGACAUGUUAAGCUGUUGAUCCUAGAAAUCACACAGGCACACAACGAAUAAAUAAAAGAAUAUUAUAGGCAUCGUAACCCUAUGUUCCUUGGUGCCGUAGUCCUUUUGACUCCUGGAUCAGGUUACGUUCCAUCCUAAUCGCAUGGAGAGCUUGCCUUCUGGAGCCAUGGCGUCAAGUAUGUCUUGGAUUUCAGCCAGAUAAUGUGGGUUACUCCUCGAGGGACUGAAUUGUUCGAACACAUACCACACAUACCCCGAAAAGGACAAAUCAUAUUAUUAUUUAAGGAUAAUGUCGUAAAUAUCGUUACCUGAAAUAUGGAUGAUAUAGCACGAACGUAUGGAUUAGCUGAUGAGAAAGCUAAUCAGAACAGUAUGGCAGGAAGUGUCCAGGACCGACGACAUCCACACCUCAGUCGGUUAAGCAGAUACUCCACGAGUGGCAGCAGUAGUAGCACGUGUCGCGACCUUAACUACUGCGAAGUGUACUUUCUCUCCCCGACAAAGCAGCGGAGCAAGGACAAUCUUCACGCAGCACCCUCAUCUCCCACCCAGCAGAAUUCCUGGUCACAAAAGGCUCGCGAACAGUAUCAGUCUCAAUCAUCGGAAAAUUCAUUUGUCCUGAACUCAGCCAUGUCGUACCCUUCGAAUCGCGUCUAUGAGACAAAUUGCGAUGGUUUCGAAACAAGGAGCCACUUUUCCGAUUCUGUCGCAACAGUGCCGAAUCAAAUGAUUCAAAUGAGUCAUGUGCGCGGUGCGGGUGUUACUUUCUCGAAUCACGUGAACGACGAGGAACGGGUGCAUUCGAAUCGCGGAUCGCUUAAACGGAUAAAAGGACGCAGUAAUCAAUCGCUUUGCAGUUGUGAUGCGGACACGGAGAUAGUGCCAAAUCCAAAUAGACCAUUGUAUCAGUAUAGCUUAGAUAGGAAGAAUAAAAUGCAUACGUACACGUGUGAACAGAAUGCUCAGAUUUUAAUGCGGAUCGAACGUGAACGGAGGAAAACACAGAACAAAGGAAGUGCUGAGAUAAAGACAAAUGAUGGAAAGCAGCCUGCCAGCAGUCGUUCCUGUGAUAGUACAUCCUUUGAAUAUCAGACGACAUACCAGGACGCGAAUCAAAGCUUGGAGAGCGAUUCAACAACCGAAGUUGAAGUAAUCCCACCGCCUCCACCCCCGCCAGCAUCAUUGGGACGCAAAAUUAUAGCUGCUGCCGGCUCAGCUACGUUCCAACAACAUCAACAGCAACAGGAUAUUAGCAGCAAAGGACAUUCAAAGCCAAUAGCACUGACAACAACAAGCAUGGCAGAGUCAAUGCUGAACGAUUGCACGUCGACGAUACUCAAUUGUGCAAACGUUGGCCAUUUGGGUAGCUCCAAACCCGAUUUGUGUAAUGUGAAUCAGGACGAAAAUGUUUCGAGCAAGAGUCGAUCGAAUCAGGAAAACAUUCCCAUGGCGCCCUACAGUUAUGUAAGGGAUGACACCUAUAUGCCAUGUUUCAAGAGUAAAGCGGAUAAUUCCAUGUUUCUGUACCAUCAUGAGUCACCGCAAUAUGCUCCGAAUUUCGACAAUCGACCGUACUCGGGCAAAUUUAAUACUAUCGGGCCUAGCAGCUAUUUCUCUAAACACUUCAACCGACAACCACUUGGAAAGGCAUGCAACACAACAAAUGGCACAUUCCCAUCAGGGAAUAGCUUGUCGAACGGACGUUAUUUCUCACAAUCGUUUUCGAAUUUUUCAUUUAGUGGUCAUUUGAACAAUCCCACUAACGAUGGCUACCAAUGGCAUCAACACAGUCAAGACCUUUGCGCAACGCCUUACACGCAAUUCAAAACACCUGUCAAGGGGUUGAGUUGCAGUUUCGGUGAAUCAACAUUAAUGAAUAGUUCAUACACGACCCUGGGAAGUUCAACGAGCGGCGGAAUAAAAGAGAAACUCCAUCACCAGCAGCAGCAGCAACCACGGCAACAAGCAGGACUUACCGGCAGUAUGCCUUGGAAACAUCGACAGUGCCCGAGUCGAGGUUCAUCAAGUUCAGGGACAAAUUCUUCAAGACUGGAUCCUUCGAAACACUGGCUUGCAGUUAGUUCAAUACUUCUAAUAGUUGGAGCUGCUAGCGUUGCCGUACCGCUAGCUUUACGUGUAGCAGCAAGUGCACCAUUUGAGGAGAGGUUACGAGCAGCUACACAACUUUUAGAUGAAGUGCCUUUAAUCGACGGGCAUAAUGACUUGCCAUGGAACAUACGGAAAUUUCUGCAUAAUAAAUUAAACGACUUUAACUUCGACGAGGACCUACGAAACGUAAUGCCUUGGGCGCGAAGCCAUUGGAGCCAUACAGACUUGAAGCGACUGAAACAAGGACGAGUAGCUGCUCAGUUUUGGGCUGCCUAUGUACCAUGCGAGGCUCAACAUCGAGAUGCGGUCCAGCUAACUUUGGAACAAAUCGACGUCAUUAAACGACUAACCGAACGUUAUUCCAAAGAACUUACAACAUGUACAUCAGUAUCUGAUAUAAUCGAAGCGCACAAAAACCACAAAGUAUGUUCUUUGACAGGCGUGGAGGGUGGACAUUCACUGGGUGGCUCUUUAGCUGUCCUACGCACCCUCUACGCUAUUGGUGUUAGGUAUUUAACGUUAACGUCUACAUGUCACACGCCAUGGGCCGACUCGAGUCAUGCUGAUGCCCCAAAAUAUGAUAUUAAGCAUGGAGGAUUAACUGUGUUCGGAAAGACAAUCAUUCGCGAAAUGAAUCGACUUGGUAUGAUCGUAGACUUAUCGCACGUAUCGACAGGUACAAUGCGCGACGCCUUAGCAACAAGUGAGGCUCCUGUGAUAUUUUCGCAUUCUUCAGCUUAUGAGCUUUGCAACUCAAGUCGCAACGUUCAGGACGAUAUACUGCAAUCGGUGGCAAAAAACGGCGGACUUGUAAUGGUGAAUUUCUAUUCGAAAUUUCUUUCAUGCAGUGAAAACUCUACGGUCCAAGAUGCAGUCGCUCACAUAAAUCACAUUAAGCAAGUAGCAGGCAUUGAUCACGUCGGCUUGGGAGCUGGAUUUGACGGAAUCAAUUUCACCCCAAAAGGUCUGGAAGAUGUUUCAUCGUAUCCCACCCUAUUUGCUGAACUCCUGGGGGAUGGUUGGUCUAUCGAAGACCUAACGAAAUUAGCAGGACAAAAUUUUUUACGAGUAAUGAGCGAAGUAGAGAAAGUUCGUGAUACCAAGAAACUAGCUGGCGUUCGACCAUACGAGGAUCAACCAAAUUUUCGCACAGAGGAUCCAUACAAUUGUACCUCAAGUUAAUAGAAUUAUCUUCAACAUAUAUGCAUACAUGCAUUUAUAUGUAUGUAUAUUGGGAGAGAAAAGAUUUAUAAAAUACAUUUUUUAAUUCACAUUCGUUAUAUGAGGUUUCUAUGGAGAAUUGCGAAAAUUGGCCAAGCACGGAUCAAUGAACAAAAAGGCAGUAGACCGUUGAUACUGAGUGAUUAUUCCAUCUUUAGUUUCAAGGACGGCAUGAAAAUAUAUUAUUAUUUAUCGAAAGGAAGAAAUUCAGUUGAAAUGCAAAU